UUAACCCACCCCGCAACGGCAGACAGCGAAUAACCGACAACACGUCGCUGCUCGACUCGCUGUCACGACGUCGAGCACAUGGCGGCCAGAUUCCUCCUCCUCCUCCCUUUCCUCGUUAUCUUCCUCGUACCGCCGGCGGCCGUCGCCAACUUCACCUGCCUCUCGCGCGGUCGCGCCGCCCGGUGCCAGGGCCUCGUCGGCUACACCGCUCGCAACGCCACCAACCUCGCCGGAGUCAUGACCCUUUUCCAGAUCCGCUCCUUCCGCUCUCUCCUUGCCGCCAACGACCUCCCCCUCUCCACCCCGAGCUCCCGCUCCGUUCCUGCUGGCUCCACCCUCCGCGUCCGCCUCUCCUGCUCCUGCUCCGCCGGCCGCGGCGCCUCCGCCCACCGCCCACUCUACCGGGUCGUCCCCGGCGACAACCUAGAUUCCAUCGCUCGGAAUACCUUCGACGGACUCGUCACCUACCAGGAGAUCGCCGCCGCCAACAACAUCUCCGACCCUAGUUUGAUCCAACUAGGGCAGGAGGUCUACAUCCCCUUGCCCUGCAGCUGCGACGAGGUGGAGGGCCUUCCGGUGGUGCACUACGCGCAUCUGGUGGCGGCAGGCAGCACAGUGUCGGGCAUCGCGGCGGAGUUCGGGACAAAGGAGGAGACAUUGAUGAGUCUGAAUGGGAUUACGGAUCCCAAAACCCUCCAGGCUGGCCAAGUUCUUGAUGUUCCUCUCAGAGUGUGUUCUUCAGCAAUUAGUAAUGCCUCUUUGGACAGUGGCCUCCUUGUUUCUAAUGGAAGUUAUAUUCUGACUGCAAACAACUGUGUCCGCUGCAGCUGCAGCUCAUCGUCGUGGGAGCUGGACUGCCAUCCUACCCAGGGGAUCAGUUCUUCAGUUUGCCCAGUAGCAACCUGCCAAGCUCUCUCCCUUGGCAACUCAUCCAGCGCAGUCUGUGGGAGCACAACAUGUGCCUAUGCUGGCUACACCAACACUAGCUCCUUCAGAAUACUCACCAACUUAACAACUCAGUCAUUGUGCAAUACUGCAGGAGCGCCGGCACCACAACCCAGUGGCGGGUUUUCUCCAGGGGUCGAGGCUCAAUCACUGUAUCUCUUGCUACUCUACAUUUCCCUUGCAAUGGCUCUGCUAGGUUGGGGAUCAUGAUGUAAAAGAUAAAAUCCCAAGAUCUUGUAGCAUCGUAUGAAGUUAGUAGAGGGUUCUUUAGCUUUCUCAAUUUAAAAGCAGAAUACCUUUUGUAUCUACUUAUUCGAUGUUGGCUUUCGCAUAAUUAGUAUCUCAGGCAUGCUUGGCUGAUAGUAUUGCUAUCAAACCAGAUGUUUAUAAAAUUGAAUGGUUGUGAUAUUGUUCUGUGGUUAACAUAAAUAAUAAUUGUUAAAUAAGUUGAA